CACCCGAUGUUAAUUCGUUAAACUAAAUUGAUUUACGUCCACGUAACUGGUUUCAUCUCACAUUUACUCCGAACAACGCCCUAGACAAGCACACGCUGCGUAAAUCUAGGAAGGAAUAUUUAACGACUAAUAUUUUAUACUUGCAGAUUUAAUGUUAAAAUAGAAAACUUAUAUUUGAAUUUCAACUUGUUAUGACGUCAUGAAGCAUCAAUCACAACCAAUCGUUACGUCACAAUCAAAAAUCGUUCAUUUUGGGGAGGAAAGUGGAUACUCAACUACGACAUCUAGCGAAGAAGGCACAUUACAGCGCGGUUUCACAACUCAAGCUUACAAAUCAGGUUUUGAAACUGAAGCAAUCCUGAAAAAUUCCAAGUUUUUAAAAAUGGUAUCUCAAGGUGCCGCUAUGGAGGAGGCGAGAUCGAAAAAAUCCACAACCCGCCACAAGAGGCGCAGUAAGCACAAUUAUCUGGAACGCCCACCCUCUCCAUCGUCACAAUACUCAUCUACGUCAUCUCUUUCGCAACAAUACGGUUACCAAGACAACUUCAGUAAUUACGCUAUGAAUGAUUUUCACCUCAGAGCGCCACAGAAGCAAGUUUAUCCUACACUUACGUCAUUAAAUGACGUCACACAACAACGUCACGCAUUGCUUUCAGGGAGUGAAGGAAAUUUAGCCGACAGGUCAAGCAUGGAUGAUAUGACGUCAUCAUUCGAAGACCUUGACGUCACAGGUGACGAUGACGUCAUCAAAACGGCAGCUUUUCAUCAAUUUCAUCAGAGUAUGAACGAGAUUAAAUCAUACCAGACUGAUAAAACUGACCCCCAAUACGAUAUGGGGUAUUAUAAUGUGGGUGACCACUCACAUAACCCAUACUAUGACCCCCUGGAUAUAUCUGAACUACAUUAUGAACAAAAUAAAAAGCGGGUGAUCAUUUCAACUUCCCCUUCAAGUAGUUCGGGGGUGGGAAGUCCCUUGAAACCGUCCCCGAUUCGAGGGAUUUUGAAGAACACCAAAGGAAGUCCCCAGUACUCGACAUCCAGCACACCUGUGCGUAAAAACUCACUCACAAACGCCCAACAAUUCUCAAAAAGCGAAGAAAACUUGACGUCAAUCAAACGUAUAACCCCACCCAGUCUCCCCUCCCCUCUCAGCCCCGGGGAUCGGAAAUCGGCUUUUGUAGUGGUGAAGCGCCGAGCCGUUAACAAACCAACGCUACCGGAUGGUCCCGCCGUAGCGGUUCAUCCUCCAGUGCACCAGAUGUUAAACCAACAUGGGUUCGAAUCCCACCCCGACCAGUUCCAGUUUCCUCACAGUUGUGGCAAAGGUGUUAAAAACCAAACUUUACAAAUGUUAGUAACUCCCCGAAACAGCUCAAUAGCGCCCCCAAGUUCAACGAUACAAUACAACACAAUAACAAGCCAACUGCAACCUCCCCAAACUUCAAAAAAUGUUUACAAUGAGCCAUCUAGUGGCCUCCCUGGUCACCACCACCCCCACGGGCCCCCAAAAUCUGGCCCAGGAGGGAUAAUUUACAUCCCCGCCCAAAUCGACGAAAACGGGAUUGCAAGACCAGUUCCACAAAACCUCCCUCGCGGUUGCCAUGACAAUUCAUGUCGUAUUAGCGAUUACCAUGACGACAGUGACCGUCAUAGCAACAGUAGCCAUGGCACCAACCUGAGCAUCUCGAAACACGAUAGCCCACUCCCUCCAGCGGAAACCUUGAGCAACGAGGCGACGAGACUUCGACAUUUCCUAGAAAACGUGAACCCUGAUGAUCUCAAACUCAGACUAGAGAAAUUGCUUGAUACGAAGGACCCGGGUUCGAUACACGCCCUCACCAAGCUUUUCCCCGGGACGGAAUUCACAGCCGAUGCAGCCCACUGCGUCAGAUGCCAUAAGGAUUUCAAUCCACGUGACCCAGGCAGAUGCAUCCUACCCCACCCCGAGAGAAUGGUCGCAAAGAUAGCACAGGACACAAUGGGCGCCGAUUUCGUCUGCGGAUGCUGCAACGCCGGAUUCAGACUCAUCAAGAUGGAUUUCUAUGAGGAAUCGACCAACUCUCUUCUUACUGGCCAUUGCUACAGUGGAAUGCAUACAACCGACCCUGAUAGUGUCGACUACAGAAUCGAUGGAGGAUCGGCCAAGUCCUGCGAGGAAUUCGGAUGUGUCGAAUUUUACGUCUGAUUCGAGACUAGAAGCCAUAUCGCCACGACCACCAUCCUUACAUCGCCAUGACAACCUAUUUUACGUCAGCUAAUAAAAUGAAUUAACAGCCAUGAAGAAUAUUCUACGUUUGAACUCUUAUCUCCAUGACAAAAAUAAAACCAUGGCAACUACGUUCACCAUGACAACAGGCAACAGGGUUUCGUUGGAACAAAUGUCGUCUGGUACGAUACUUGUUCUUAAAUUCGUAGGCCGUGGCACAAAGUCUGGUCAGAGACUUAAUUUGUUACCAUGACAACAGUUAUGCAUGACAGAUAUCGUUCCAAAUGUUUUUUUUAUCGCGAUAACCUAAAGAUUUGUCUUAAUUUACGUUUUGUUUUAUUUUUGUUGUUCCGUGAAUCACCCAUUGUCAUUUACAUAUAAGUGACCACUUAUCUAGAGCCUUGUUUUGAGCGAAACACCUUAGAAAAUCCUAAUAUAUAUUCAUUUACGAUUUCUAUCAACGCUGAAGCUCAAAACAACGCUGUGUAUAUGCAGUCACUUGGGGACGCAAAUGAGUUUACAGGUGCCGUUAUUCCUCCCCCUUUUUAUUUUUAAUAUUCAAAUAUUCCUAAUAUUUAAUAAUUUCUUUAGUAAUUUCAUUAUUUGAUUUUUCAUGAAUUUUUCUAAUUUUGUUUUUAAUUGUAUUUGAUGUAGUGAUUACGUAACUAUAUGACGUCAUUUUUUGAUUACGAAUUAAAGUUGAUGAAA